ACGUUCCGAACGUCCUGCAGGGACGGCGCCUUUUUAAGGCAGUCGCUGUCUUGAACUGCUGGUACAAACAAGAUCAUCCUAAUCCAAGCUCACUCGUGAACUGCUGACGAAGAUUCUGCUUGCAUAGUGAAUGACUAGUAAAAGUGAAAACAGAAAUUAAACUAUUCUUAGACAAUCUGAAAAUAUUUUCUGAAUAAUAAGAUUCGGUGGAAAAAAAUCUAAAGAAAAGAGCGGAAGCUAUCAUUGAUUUGUAUACAGUACACAUUUUCCCUCUCGGAGAUGAGCGCACAAACCCGAAAUAAAGGGAUUAUUACAGGGACAACCCUGCUUUUUAUUACCUGCUUGCUACCUGGUUUCUCAGGUGGCGAAGACGUCGACUCUCUGACAAACUCGUUUCUUCAAGACAGAUGUAGAAUUGACCCCCACCACCCAGGAACGUUUCAAGUCUUAUGCUCCUGCAAACCAAACGAGACUUUAACGCUGUCAGAGGCUGAAACCAAGAAACUUGCUUCCUCGGUGAUAGGAUUCCAUGUUAGUGACUGCAAUAGGUCUACUGUGGUAGUUAAGACCAACGCAUUAAACCAUUUCAACUACUUAGAGUUAGUCACAUUCCAUAACAUUGCCACUCUCAGACUAGAGCCUAACAGUAUUAACUUGGCUCUGUUCCACGUAGAAGACUUUGCUUUGACUUUUGAGGAUAUACUGGGGUCUGGUCUUUCCCUGGAAGAGAAUUCUGUCAGACUCCAACGACCUGUUGGAAGUGCAGCAAACGAAAAGCUUGUGUUCUCCAAUGCAGUAAUUAGGGGGUUCCCUAAAUUUGCAAUCAAUGGUCCAUUUACUGAGCUGCAGUUGAGAAAAGUGCUCUUAACGGAGCGAGCUCAAUCAGAAUCAAUAAAUGUGGGUGAAACAGAGACUGAAGUGAUUAUUAACACAUUUGAGGCUCUUAAUGGCGGCCUGGAGGCCAAGUGGCUUUUAGGAAACGUGAAUAACCUUCAGAUUAUACGAAGUAGCAUUCUGAUGAAGCAGUAUGCCUUUGCUGGCAUCACAAUGACAGGAUCUGCACCAGAAAUGGAGAUGAGUCACAAUCAGUUUGGUUCUUUACCAACAGGAGUAUUUGACAUAAAUGCAACGUUUGCAGAGGUUUCAGUCAAAGCAGAAAAUAACCGAAUAAACUGUGCUUGUGAGGACUUAAUAUGGAUCCGAGAAAACCUGGAGGGCUUUUUGCAGAAUCGACUCAAUUUUAUUUGUGACAACAUCACGUUGACUGAGGCCCUAAGAAAAUGUUCCCCAAUAGAUGCUAGUAGUUCGUCAGAUAACACCAGAUUAAGCCACACAGCGAUUAUUACGCUCUUUCUUGCAUUUACAUAUAGCAUCCUUUUGUGAAGCUGAUCACGCUAUUGGCUUGUGUUUCCUCGGUUCAGUGUACAGCUGUCUAGUUGACUGUAUUAGUGCUAUUAAGGCUACAGUGACACACAUACACGCGCAUAUAUAUAUAUAUAUAUUAUUAUAUA